AAUGAUAAAAAUAGAGCAUUAUGUAUGGAUAAAAGUGGGUAAAACAGAAGAUGGUUGAUUAACUCUGGGGAGGGUCGACAGAAAAGAUUGUUUAAAAAAUAAUAAAAUUAGAAAGGAGGUUGAAGGAUCAAAAACUCCAGAAGAUGGCAACAGCUGCCUUCAAACCACCCCAGCCCAGAAGAAGACGAUAGGACGUCAACAGAACUGUAGCUAACCGUGUUCACAACCGUUGACAGUUCUGAAGACUUGACUUCGGGGUAAUGCGAGCUCCUCUGCGCUGGGUGCUAUGGGAUGUGAAGGACACCUUGCUGAAGGUGCGUGCUUCUGUGGGAGAGCAGUACUGCAAGGAGGCUGAACGAGUGGGCUUGAACCUCAGUCCUGUGGAGGUCGAAGCUGCUUUUCAACAGGCGUAUCGACAUCAUUCCAAAACAUACCCCAACUAUGGCAUCUCUCAGGGCCUGGAUGGACGGUCUUGGUGGAUGGGAGUGGUACGGGACACCUUGUCCCGGUGCAGGGUACAGGACCCAGCCCUGCUUGACACAAUAGCUCACAAUCUUUAUCAUAACUUCUGCAAUGCAGAGAACUGGGAGGUUUUUCCAGACUCUCAGAAGGCCCUGGAGAGUUGCUCGUCUUUAGGGCUGAAGCUAGGUGUGGUAUCAAACUUUGAUAGCCGCCUAGAAGAGAUUUUACGUGUUUGUGGCCUGCUGUCUCACUUCAGCUUUUUAAUAACAUCAGAGGAAGUGGGCGUAGCGAAGCCAAGUCCAGCCAUCUUUGAUCAGGCACUGCAGAAAUGUGGUGUAGCAGCUGCUAGUGUAGCUCAUAUUGGGGACCACUAUGUGAAGGAUUACCUCACCUCUCGGUCUGUGGGCAUUCACGGGUUCCUGUUAGACAGACACAGCAAGCACAUCCAACCCGAUGUUCCUCGAGAGCAUCGACUCAGCUCCCUGGAGGAGCUGCCAUCACUGCUUCUGCAGCACAUGGGUUAAUGCCAAAUGGUCAUGGGCUCAAGUACAAAGCCACUGCAGCCUAGCUGUGGUUCAGCAAAGGAACCCUUAUACAGAGGUGAUAGUGGAGAGGUAAGAGGAAAUGAUUGGAGAGAGAUGGGGAAAGAUAUGCAGCAUGUCUCCCUGCUUCAUUGUCAGGGUCCUCGUGUUGUGCAUGCUGGCCCACUGUCACACUGCCAUGGCUUACUGGGACACGUGAAUUGAACAGAGCCAUCGUUAAUGUUAUAAGUAGCCCCUGUUCUUGGACCAUGGCCAGACGUGGAUGUUGCAAAUGUUGAACCACCAGCUUACUAAACGCCCCAGGACCUUCCUUUAAUUUGUCACCCAUUUGUACUAAUCUAGCCUUCUAUAACUGACAGCUGGUGCAGAUGAGGGCUCUCUGACUGAAGACUUGUCCACAGUAAAAACGUUUUGUUCUCAACUAAUGGCUCAGUUCUUUUGUGUUAGAGGUGCAGAGACCACUACUCACUUAUAUUUUUACCUAAGAGCAUUGGUCUACUGAAUUUCUUAAAGGGGAGAUAUUAAACCAAUAACUUUAAUGAUAGGAUCAGUCUUGAAAGAAUACAAGUCCAUAUGUGAACUGAGUUUUUGGCUGCUGCCAUUGUUCCUCCUAUCGAUACCGGCCCUGAAAAGAUCCCUUCCUAAUGUGGUUAAAAUGUAAGUUUGCAGCUGCUCUCAGGUCAGCCACCUGUUCAAAAUGGCAUCCCUUUUCAUGUGAUUUGGGCGAACUGACUCUUUAAGUGAGGUGCCGCUCUUCCAUCAUUCCUAAUGAUUUGUUUCAGUGCUCAGCAGUGAGGAGAACAAGCAGGCUUGC